AUGGAGAGGGGCUGCAUCAUGUGGCUGCCACCAUUACUUCUACUGUUGUUUGGCCUGAUGACUCCAUUUGUCUCUGCUCAGACCCUGAGCUACCGGAAUUUGGUGAACCGAUUCAUCACCAACUACAACAAGAAGUCGCUCUCAGACAACCUCUUCCGACUGCUUGUUCUGAAUCUUCAACCUGGGGCAAAUGCUGAUCCUGCUACUCCCCAGCCCCUGAACUUUACUAUGAUGGAGACUGUCUGCCCCAAUACCAAACAACCACGCAAUCUGGAUGAAUGUAAAUUUAAGGAGAAUGGGCUGGUGAAACAAUGCUCUGGAACCAUUUCCUUGGAUGCUACUCAGCCCUCUAUCAAUAUUUCUUGUGGUGGGCCUGAACAGUUAAGGAGUGGUGGUUUUUUGCGUCAAAUUUUUCGGAGUUUGGCAAAGCUCAUUUAUCGAAAAUAUAGAACCCUGCGGAAUGGAUAUAGGAAACUAAAGGACAUUUUUUCUGGAGGAGGUAACAAUAAGGAAUAG